AGCAGAGGAGAGGAGGGGAGAGCAGAGGAAUCAACCUGCUCAGUAAACAAUGGCAGUAAGAAGUGUUUGACUGUAAAGAGCCUGCAAACUCUGAAGCUCACUAUAGUAAUCUAUUUCUAUAUUCACAAAAAUCAGACCUUUCUCCAUAUUAAAUUAGUUGUUAUAACCCUAGAUUCAUCUCAUCCCUCCCCUCCAAAUCCAUUCCUUUCCUCAAUCAUGUCUCCCUUCAAACCGCGCCAGCCACAGAUGCUGGACUCCAUGUAUUCUAUGAUCGCCCUUGUCUUCAUUCUAGUCGCUUGCGUCGAGCUCUGCGACGCUGCCACCGUCGUCGACGUCUACCGUCUCAUUCAGUAUGACAUCUCCGGCGUCCCCUUCGGAUCUCGCCUCGCUACCCUCAACCAUCACGCCGGUUCUUUACAUUUCACUCCCGGUGCCGAUCUUUCGCGUACUAUCGUCAUCAUCCCUAUUCGCGAACUCAACAUUACUUUUGUUAAAGAAUAUAUUACUCAAAGAAAGCCUCUGGGAGGAUUGUUGUUUUUGCUUCCUCAAAUAUUCGAUUUUAAAGAUAAAGCUGCCUCGAGGAGUGAGGAUGAGGUGCAUGAUAAAGGGCUGAUGAAGACUGUCUUGGCAGAGCUUGAAAAAUUACUUGUACAUGCCAACAUACCUUAUCCUGUGUAUUUUGCUUUUGAGAAUGAUGACAUUGAUGCUGUGUUGUCUGACAUCAAGAGGAAUGAUGCAACUGGUCAACCAGCUACUGCAACUACUGGCGGAUACAAGCUUGUUGUCUCCGCACCAGAACCUAAGAGAAUUGCAUCUCCCAUCAUCACAAACAUUCAGGGAUGGUUACCUGGCUUGAAAGCAGAUGGAGAUCCAAAUCAACUUCCAACCAUUGCUAUUGUUGCAUCAUAUGAUACAUUUGGGACUGCUCCUGCAUUAUCAGUUGGAACUGAUAGCAAUGGAAGUGGCAUUGUGGCUCUUCUUGAAAUAGCUAGGUUGUUUUCUCUUCUUUAUUCGAAUCCAAAGACAAGAGGAAGGUAUAAUUUACUGUUUGGGUUCACAUCAGGUGGACCAUACAACUACAAUGGAACUCAAAAGUGGCUUCGCAGCUUUGACCAGCGCUUACGUGAGAGCAUCGACUAUGCUAUUUGCUUAAAUAGCAUUGGCUCGUGGGAUAAUGAAUUGUGGAUUCAUGUGUCCAAGCCUCCAGAAAAUGCUUAUAUUAAACAAAUUUUUGAAGGUCUUUCUAAUGUAGCAAAUGAAUUGGGCUUUGAAGUUGGUCUGAAACACAAGAAAAUCAAUAUUUCGAACCCUAGAGUAGCUUGGGAGCAUGAACAAUUUUCAAGGCUGAGGAUCACUGCUGCCACCCUUUCUGAGCUCUCUGUGGCUCCUGAUAUUUUGGAAAGCACUGGAGGUCUAUCAGAUAACAGAUAUUUUGUCAAUGAAACAGCAGUCAUCAGAAGUAUCAAGCUAGUUGCUGAGAGCAUAGCGAGGCAUAUCUACAGUCAUCAAGGAGAGAACAUAAAAGUAUUUGCAGAUGACAGUAGUUUGGCUGUAAAUCCUUAUUAUGUAAAGUCAUGGUUAGACAUUUUGUCACAAACACCUAGAGUGGCACCAUUUCUUUCAAAGAAUGACCCAUUUGUGAUGGCAUUGAAGAAGGAACUAGAAGAUCAUACCCAUGAAGUAAAUGUACAACAUGAAGCGCUUGAUGGGAUGUUCACAUUCUAUGACUCAACUAAAGCUAACCUAAACAUAUAUCAGGUUGCUAGUGUAACAUUUGAUUUGCUGUUGCUUCUGGUGCUGGGAUCAUAUUUGAUAGUUCUUUUUAGUUUUCUCGUCAUCACAACUAGGGGUCUUGAUGAUCUUAUAAGCUUAUUCCGACGGCCUCCCUCUCGUAAAGUGAAAACGGCUUGAUUAUUGAACCUUUGAUUUGUGCACCAAAGAGUUCCGUCUCAUUGAAGAUCAUCUCUUGUAGCUUAGUGUUUUAUCCCUGUCUUGGAGGACUUUGUGGGGAUUACUAGCAAUGUAUUUAUUGUUGAUUAGUUGAGAACCACGAGGGAUCAUUUUAAUUUUGGUCCAGAAGGUAUCCAUAGUUUAUUGUGCCAAAGUGAGAAUUUUUAAUACAGUUUCUAGAAAAAUUUUGUUAAGAUA